CUCUUUCUGAAAUCAAUAAAGAUAUAUUUAAAAAAUAAAAAUAAAAAUAAAAUCAGAAAUUUACCUGGCAUUUCCUAGAAGUCAUUCCAGGAAUUACUCUGCCUUCAGGCUCUUUCUCCACUCUAGAUUCCCUUUGUGAAAAGUAAAGAAAAAGUUUUACCACCCCCUGCUCUUCCUUCCUGUUAUCCUAGACCUUUAGAAAGAUUUCUUAUGAUCUAAUCUUUACUCCUCUUGCUACGUCAAAUACAGCUAACCUUCCCUCCUCUUCCACAUACUCCUUCAUCUUCUCUAGCUUGCUUUCUUCUCAUUCCUACUCCCCAACUUUCCCCCUUAUUUAGAGCCUCUGACCCUCUUCCCUUAUAUAGAAUCCAAGAUUAUAAAAGCUACAAGAGCUGUCAGAUUAUUCAAUGCCCUCACUUUACAGAUGAGUGGAAACUCAGGCUCAGAGAGAAAGUCUGAACUUGCCACAGCCAGUGAGUGACCGAGGCAGGACCAGAAUCUAGUCUGUUUCCCACUGUUUGGUUCUAUUUCCACUAUGGCCUGGAAUCUUGGUGAAGAGAACUGAGUAUAGACCUUAGUGCCUCCAGGCUCAGGCCCCAGACUCUUGGCUAGGCCAUUUUGCCCACCCUGGCCUCUUGAAGUCUGCACACAAGAAGGAUGGGUCUUCUCUAAGGUCCCUACCAUGGCCUGAUACUUGCUCCUUUCUGCCAUUUUGAAGAAACUGCUGAAUCCAUAGAGGGAAGUGAAACUAUGAGGGGAGAUAAAGAGUUGGGGUAGAGUUUUGAAAGUGACAACCACAGGCUAAGUUUAGAGGACUGAGAACUUAAAAGGGUCCUCCCUAAUGACCCAUGUGUCCCUCUUUAUGUCCUAUUACAGACCAUGGUGGCUUUGUCAAUGGUUCUUGUUUUCCUGCUGGUUCUGAACAGAAGUGAGAGUGAAUUGGACGCCAAGAUCUCAUCCCCAGGGAAGGCCACAGAAUGGGGGGAUCCUGAUCUGUCCCUGCCAGGAUCCUGCCAGCCAGCCCCUUCCUGCAAGAAGUGCAUCCUUUCACAUCCAAGCUGUGCAUGGUGCAAACAACUGAACUUCACGGCAUCAGGGGAGGCGGAGGAGCGGCGCUGUGCGCGGCGUGAAGAGCUGCUGGCUCGUGGCUGCCCCCCAGGAGAGCUGGAGGAGCCCCAUGGCCGGCAGGAGGUGCUGCAGGACAAGCCGCUCAGCCAGGGCGCCAGGGGCGGAGGCGAGGGGGCCACCCAGCUGGCACCGCAGCAGGUGCGAAUCACGCUGCGUCCUGGGGAGCCCCAGCAGCUCCGGGUCCGCUUCCUCCGUGCCCAGGGAUACCCUGUGGACUUGUACUACCUUAUGGACCUGAGCUACUCCAUGAAGGACGACCUGGAGUUCGUGCGCCAGCUUGGGCAUGCCCUGCUUGUGCGACUGCAGGAGGUCACCCAUUCUGUGCGCAUCGGCUUUGGCUCCUUCGUGGACAAAACGGUGCUGCCCUUUGUGAGCACAGUGCCCUCCAAGCUUCGCCACCCCUGCCCCACCCGGCUGGAGCGCUGCCAGCCACCCUUCAGCUUUCACCAUGUGCUGUCCCUGACGGGGGAUGCUAAGGCCUUCGAGCGAGAGGUGGGGCGCCAGAGUGUGUCUGGCAACCUGGACUCACCUGAAGGUGGCUUUGAUGCCAUUCUACAGGCUGCACUCUGCCAGGAACAGAUUGGCUGGAGAAAUGUGUCUCGGCUGCUGGUGUUCACUUCAGAUGACACAUUCCACACAGCUGGGGAUGGAAAGUUGGGUGGCAUUUUCAUGCCCAGCGACGGGCACUGCCACUUGGACAGCAAUGGCCUCUACAGUCGCAGCCCAGAGUUUGACUACCCCUCUGUGGGUCAGGUAGCCCAGGCUCUCUCUGCAGCAAACAUCCAGCCCAUUUUUGCUGUCACCAGUACCACACUGCCCGUCUACCAGGAGCUGAGUAAGCUGAUUCCUAAGUCCGCAGUGGGGGAGCUGAGUGAGAACUCCAGCAAUGUGGUACAGCUCAUCAUGGAUGCUUAUAAUAGUCUGUCAUCCACUGUGACCCUUGAACACUCUCCACUCCCUCUGGGGGUCCACAUCUCUUACAAAUCUCAGUGUGGAGGUCCUGGGAAGAAUGAUGGUGAGGCUGGGGACCGGGGCCAGUGCAACCAUGUCCGAAUCAACCAGACGGUGAAUUUUUUGGUUACUCUCCACGCUACCCGCUGCCUCCCAGAGCCCCAUCUUCUGAAGUUCCGAGCUCUUGGCUUCUCAGAGGAGCUGACGGUGGAGUUGCACACACUGUGUGAUUGUAAUUGCAAUGACACCCAGCUCCAAGCUCCCUACUGCAGUGAUGGCCAGGGGCACCUACAAUGUGGGGUGUGCAGUUGUUCCCCAGGCCGCCUGGGUCGGCUCUGUGAGUGCUCUGAGGCUGAGCUGUCCUCCCCAGAUCUGGAAUCUGGGUGCCGGGGCCCAAAUGGGACAGGGCCCCUGUGCAGUGGGAAGGGACGGUGCCAGUGUGGACGCUGCAGUUGCAGUGGACAGAGCUCUGGGCGCCUGUGCGAGUGUGAUGAUGCCAGCUGUGAGCGACAUGAGGGCAUCCUCUGUGGAGGAUUCGGCCACUGCCAAUGUGGAGUGUGUCACUGUCACGCCAACCGCACGGGCAGAGCAUGCGAGUGCAGUGGGGACGUGGAUGGCUGUGUCAGUCCUGGCGGAAGGCUCUGCAGUGGGCAUGGACAUUGCAAAUGCAACCGCUGCCAGUGCUUGGAUGGCUACUAUGGUGCCCUAUGUGAUCAGUGCCCAGGCUGCAAGACACCAUGCGAAAGACACAGGGACUGUGCAGAGUGUGGGGCCUUUAAGACUGGUCCCCUGGCCACCAACUGCAGCAUAGCUUGUGCCCAUACCAACGUGACUCUGGCUUUGGCCCCUACCCUGGAUGAUGGCUGGUGCAAAGAGAGAACCCUGGACAACCAGCUGUUGUUCUUCCUGGUGGAGGAUGAAGCCGGAGGCAGAGUCAUACUGAGAGUGAGACCUCGAGAGAAGGGAGCAGACCACACCCAGGCCAUAGUGCUAGGCUGCGUGGGGGGCAUUGUGGCAGUGGGACUGGGGCUGGUCCUGGCUUACCGACUCUCAGUGGAAAUCUAUGACCGCCGAGAAUACAGGCGCUUUGAGAAGGAACAGCAGCAGCUCAAAUGGAAGCAGGACAGAAAUCCUCUCUACAAAAGUGCCAUCACGACCACCAUCAACCCCCGCUUUCAAGCCACAGAAAGUCCCCUUCUCUGAAGGGGGUAGGGUUACUCACCCCAGGGUUGUUCUUGCUGAGAAGAUGGUGAGAAUUGGGGCUAUGGGGUCUAUCAGGCAGCAGCCUAGUAGGGGACUAAUCACCACCUACUUCAUUCUCAGAGUGAUACCCACAAGGGCGGGCCUCCUGCUGCAACCUUUCUUCCCUACCUCAUAUGGAGUGGGGGUUACCCCACCCACAUAUACAAUAAAGUGUCUUACUUCAGAUUGCAGAUGUCAUUUGCUUUACCCCAAGGCCAAAGCAGGCUGUGAAGCCUGGGCUGCCUCUUGCCACCUAAGGGCAGGGAAAGGUUCUCAAACUUGAAUGUGCUGGAGAGCCAAUAUGUGGCUGCCUGGGAAACAUGGGGGGUGGGGGUGUGCUAGUGAAUUAAUUUCCAGGUAAGGCUAGAGGAGCACAGACCACACUUAAACAAACACUGUAUAUGCUGGUAUCCAACCUCAUUCUGUCUUGUUCUGCAGGUUUUUUUCUUAGUCAGAAUUGAUACUAUAUAUGUAUAUAUAUACUGGAUACCAAUUUUAACUCUUCUUGUUGCUAGACCAUGGAGAAGGGGAGUUUUAAAGUGGUGGUUUAUAGGGUACUGGAAGUUGUAGGAUGGUUAUAUUUGGGGGGAAAAAGGAAGACCAUGUUGGCCCCAGUGAGAAAAAUUCCCCAAAGGAUAUUCUUUUCAAAGAUGAGAUAGUAUGUAGAAAAGCCCCAUUUUCUUUUUAUUUAAAUAUCCUAAAUAUAUCACGAAG